AAAAUGGGAAAGCAGCAAAGACUCACAUCAUUAAGGCUGGAACCAUUGACUGUUUUUGCAUGAUGAUUAUCAAAAUAGUCUCAGGAGGACUUCACAUGUUUUGUGUGCAAAAAUCUUCAUUUGUAAAGUAACUAAAGUUGCCAAAUGGCUGUAGUGAAAUAAAAGGUGCAAUAUUUGCCUUUGAGAUGAAAUGAAAAAGAAGUAAAAAGUGGCAUCAAAAGAAGAAACUCAUGUGAAAUACAAGUUACUGAUAACGUCUGUGUGCCCGGGGCAAACAAACACACAGAGGGUCAGAAACACAGAUAACAAGCAGACACUAGUUGGACAGACAGACAGACAGACAGACAUACAGCUCCAGCCAUGAUCCUGAUGGGUCGCACUUUGUGUCUUCCGUCUCCAGCCACCGUUCAGGAGUUGUUCUCUGUGGCUCGAGACGCCAGCGUCAUCCCUGAUAUCUCCUUGGAUCCCGUCCUCACUACCUUCCUCUCACUGGACUCCUCAGAUGCUCUGCAGCAUCAGUAUGCCUUCUUACAGCGCAGCAUGACCGGGGAGCAACAGACUGCGUUCGGCCUCAGCCUGACAGGACAGCUGGGAAACAGCAGCAGGGUCACCUAUGGAGGAGUCGGGGUUGUUGCUCUGGCUCUGUCCGUGCUUUUUGACCAGGUUGCCCAACAAAUCCGAGCACAAGGAUCCACAGAAGGCGACCCAUCUGCUCAGAGACCUCCCCAGGCUAAAAGGAUUUUUGGGAUCAGCAGGUCAUCGAGAAUUGGCUGGAUCAUCCACAGCUACCUCCGCCUGAUUCCUGGCAUCGUCAACAACCAGGAGAAGAUGGCCGAGACUACAGAACUCUACGACAACUGGCUGAAGCUCGAGCUAAUUGACCAUUAUGAGAGGAUGACCAUGAAGAAGAGGAUGAGUUCAGUGUCCAUGCAGCAGUGGUUGGCAGGAGCUGCGUUUCAUCUCCACAUGAGAUUUCACCAGGUUCGUCUGCACUCUGUGCCCGUAGGAUCAGCCGAGUCGCUGCGUCUGUCUUAUAAGACAGCGUUAGGUCGUCUGGUUCAAGGCUACACGACUUAUCUACACAGAAACAUUAAGGAGACUGGAGCUCCAGGACCCCGAAAACCCAGAAUCAGGACAGCCAGUGAACCAGCACAAACUGAUACAUUCAGAAGAACCAACAUGACCUGCUCAAGUAAUCAUAGUUUUAAUGACAGUCUGGUUCAUAUCUCAAAGUUUAAUGAGACUACAGCACCCAAUUCAACUGCUGAAAUCAGCAGAAGUUGUAAAAAAGGCAGAUCCCAUGAAGACUUUGUACUAAAUGUGUCAAACAGAAGCGCUGAGGUCACUGAGGGUGUGGUCAACGGAACAAUACUCAACAACACGAGCAUCAAUGAGGAUGUUCAGGGUCUGUUAGUCAUCGAGCCAUGGAGGAACGUGAGUCACAAUGUGCAGCACCACCCCUGUGAGUCUCCGGCCAUACAACAAGCUCUGGUGACUCGGAUUAUUAAUGCUCAGGACCUGGAGAGGAACAGAAAUUUCUUCCUGUACCCUAAGAAAGUCUUCCACAGCCUGCUCAAGCAGAGGGACGACUUUGAGAUAAAGACAAGUUAGACAGAAAUAAACAGAGGUGGAAUGUAACCAAGAACAUCUAAGCAAGUCUACUGUAUGUCAGUAUAAAUUUGAGAUACUUGUUGUGUACUAGAGUAUUGUCUACACUCACUGGCCACUUUAUUAGGUACAGCUGUUCAACAGUUUGUUAACACAAAUAGCUAAUCAGCUAUUUGUGAAAACACAUGGCAGCAGCUCAAUGUAUUUAGUCAUGUAGACAUGAUGAAGACGAGCUGCGGAAGUUCAAACAGAUCAUCAGAAUGAUGAAGAAAAGUGUAUAACCACUGGUUACAGCCAAGGUCUGCAGAAGACCAUCUCUGAACCAACAACUCGUCCAACCUUGAAGCAGAUGGGCUACAGCAGCAGAAGACCACACCAGGUGCCACUCCUGUCAGCUAACAACAGGAAACUGAUGCUACAAUUCACACAGGCUCACCAAAACUGGACAAUAGAAAAUUGGAAAAACCACAUUCAGAUGGAAGCAUGGAUCCAUCCUGCCUUGUAUCAACGGUUCAGGCUGCUGCUGGUGGUGUAAUGGUGUAGGGGAGAUUUUCUUAGUACCAACUGAGCAUGGUUUAAACACCACAGCCUACCUGAGUAUUGCUGCUGACCGUGUCUGUCCCUUUAUGACCAGUGUACCCAUCUUCUGAUGGCUACUUCCAGCAGGAUAACGCACCAUGUCACAAAGCUCAGAUCAUCUCAAACUGGUUUCUUGAACAUGUCAGUGAGUUCACUGUACUCCAAUGGCCUCCACAGUCACCAGAUCUCAGUCCAAUAGAGCACCUUUGGGAUGUGGUGGAACGGGAGAUUCUCAUCAUGGAUGUGCAGCCCACAAAUCUGCAGCAACUGUGUGAUGUCAUCAUGUCAAUAUGGACCAAAAUCUCUGAGGAAUGUUUCCAGCACCUCAUUGAAUCUAUGACACCAAGAAUUAAAAAGGGGGUCCAACCGGUAAUUGCAAGGUGUACCUAAUAAGGUGGCCGGUGAGUGUAUACAUGCCACUUUCCACUUCUGCCCUAUUGCAUUUCUAUUGUAUUUUUUUCUAGUACUUUUGUUUCUUUUCUUUACUGUAUUUCUGUAGCCUGGUAAGACACAGAGCAAAACAGAAUGUUGAGCUCACAUCGUAGGGAUGGUCUCUAUAUUUAAUGUACAACCCCAAUUCCAAAAAGUUUGGAUGCUGUGUAAAACAUAAAUAUAAAAUAAAAACGGAAAGCAAUGAUUUGCAAAUCCUUUUUGAAAAAUAUUCAACUGAAUAUUGAUGAGCCAUACAAUGAAGCUAUGGGAAAGAGCAGUGGAAGCUAGACUAAGAGCAGAAGUGAGCAUCUGUGAGCAGCAGUGUGGUUUCAUGCCAAGAAAAAGUACUUCAGCUGCAGUAUUUGCUUUGAGGAUGCUGAAGGAGAAGUACAGAGAAGGUCAGAGGGACCAGCAUUGUGCCUGUGUAGGUCUAGGGAAAGCAUAUGACAGGGUGCCGAGAGAGGAGCUGUGGUAUUGUAUGAGGACGUCUGGAGUGGCAGAGAAGUAUGUUAGAGUGGUGCAGGACAUGUAUGAGAGCUGUAGGACAGUGGUGAGGUGUGCUGUAGGUGUGACAGAGGAGUUUAAGAUGGAAGUGGGACUGCAUCGACAGGAGUGAUGUGUGAUAGAAGAGUACCAGCAGGAUUAAAAGGAAAGGUGUACAAGACGGUGAUGAGAGCAGCCAUGUUGUUUGGUUUAGAGACAGUGGCACUGAGGAAAAGACAGGAGGCAGAGCUGGAGGUAGCAAAGAUGAAGAUGGUGAGGUUCUCUUUGGGAGUGGCGAGGAUGGAGAGGAUCAGGACUGAGGACAUCAGAGGGACAGGUCAUGUUAGAUGUUUUGGAGAUAAAGUCAGAGGGGCCAGACUGAGAUGGUUUGGACAUGUUCAGAGGAGGGAUAGCGAAUAUAUCGGUAGAAGGAUGCUGAGGCUGGAACAGCCAGGCAAGAGGCCUAGAGGAAGACCAAAGAGGAGAUCUAUGGAUGUUGUGAAAGAGGACAUGAAGUAAACUGGUGUGAGAGAAGAGGAUGCAGAGGAUAGGGUUAGAUGGAGGCAGAUGACUGGCUGUGGCCACCAGAAGAAGGAGAUGGUACAACGAUAACGAUAACUUGAGGUAAGUUGAGUUUAGCUGAAACUAACGUUACACAACAAACUUUGAAACAAUAAUUCCGCUGUUAUCUUAAAAAAAAGGCUUCAACUUUUUUUAAAAUAUAUAACGCUAAUAAUUUAUUACACUCAUUUUACUUUCAUAUACACAGCAUGGAUCAUUGGUGACAGCUAUGUCCGGCGUGGUGUCCAGAGAGCUGCAGAGACCUUGGGAAGCACCUCAGCAUCCCGGGCGUCCGUGUCUGCUGGUUUGGCUGGAGUGGACUGCAGUGGAGAGGCCUUCUCUCCUUCUUUUCCCACUCCAUGCGAGGAAGAGCAGCACCAGAUGUCCUCAUCGUCCACUGUGGCGGCAGUGUCAAGAAGCUGGUCAGCAUGAUGAAGGAGGACCUGCACCAGCUUCACCCCCAGCAUCCUGGCAUUAAGAUAAUAUUUUCUUCACUGGCCCAAAGUUGCAGGUGGGAGGCUGGUGGCAAUCCAGCAAAGAUUGAUAAGGCCAGGAAAUGUGUGUUAUGACUACAUUUGUUCAUAGUUUAAAUGGUGCCAUAAUUGAGCACCCUCACAUCAGACACAUUCAUCUCACACCUAGGGGAAAUUAUAUGUUUUUAAGUAAAUUAGUUAAUUGUCUUAAAGACCACCUCCAAACGCAGUGAACUGCUUACUGUUGGCAGUGUCACUGCUUUUGAAUUUGGCCUUUAGGACACAUUUUGUUAGGCCUGAUCAUAGCCCAGGCUGUCAUGGCUAAUGUUGAGUUUUUGAUAUUCAUCUAUAACUUGUUUAAAAUUUCAAUAAAUUCUAUUUAUAUUUGCA